AAGGAAUUGAGCAGUCGGCGUGGUACGCUUAUUCCGGACCGCGAAGUCGGUGAUGAGAACCUGCCACCAGCGCGCAGCAAUUAUCCUGAACUUUCGGAAUCUGAAAUGCUUUUCCUUGUUGGCUUUUUGGGGAUCGAAUCGGUACCGCAGCGCGUUUACAAUCCGCCAGAGGACGGCCGGCUGUUGGCUUGGAGAGAAAAGGUUCAGAGCGAGUUGGCGUCGCUCGAUUCUCCAGAUAUGCAGGCUAGGGCAUUGGGCAGAUUUGUCAGUGAAUGCCUUGGUGGGCCUGUCAGAAAGGAUCAAGUUUUUGCUUUUGCCUACAACCUUAAUAUUGCCGAACUCCGUUGCCAUCUGCAGUCUAAUUGCGUUCCUUUAGGCAUGUUGAAGGCAGGAGUUCAUCUACAUCGGGCACUUAUGUUCAAGAGCUUAGAACACAAAUAG